ACCAGUUGACGAAAAAAAAAAAGUAAAUUGUUUGCAAUCUGUUAAUGGGUUUUCGUAUUGUUACUUAUAAUGUCAUUAGUAGCUUACAAUUCUAGUGAUGAAAGUCAGAGUAGCGAUGACGAUGCAGAGAGUCAGGCGGUCAAGUCACAACCAGGCGCUUUAACGGGACGAAUAAGUGAUGAAAAUGAAAUUGCAUCGGCACCGACCAGCAAUCCUGACAAAACUGACAGACCGGUUGGUGAUUUUCAGCCACAUAACAACAACUUGUCAGCCGUCACUUCGCUAAAAGACCUGCCAGCCCCUGCUUGUUCUCAGAUUCCAGCUGAAGAAGAUGAGCUAGAAGAGGACGUCCAACCCAAGGUUUCUCAGAUCUCAGACGCUCCGAAACCGCCACAAAAACGUGCAAAACAACCAGCAAGAAUCAGCAUACCAGCCGUGCAAUAUAGUUCCGAUGAAGAUGAGGAUGAACCAGCUAAGAAGAAGAAGAAAACAGCUACAGGUAAAAGUGGGCUGUUCUCACUUCUUCCCGAACCCGUCCACGCUGCUAAGAAGGAGUCGAACCGCAUUCUCAUCCCUCACACACUUUCCAAGAAACCUCAACAGAAACCGGACACUGUCCUCCCGCCCGUUCCUCAAGCCAAGCCUGAGGUGAAGGAAGUCAUCACCGACGCACCGGUUACAGCAGCAGCUACUUCAACGGCUCCACACAAAUACACCACACAGUUUCAGGCUAUCACAGGUUAUUACUCAGACAGUGAUGAUGAGGAAGACGAGGAGGAAGGGUCAAGUGGAAACUUCUUUUCUCUUGCUUCAAAAUCUGUAAGGUCUGGUCCAGUGGCUUCCGACAGACUUCCUUCUUUGGCGUCUGCCAGUGAAGAAUCAUGUGUAGUCAGUGGUACAGACAAUUCAACGAAAGACUCUGUUCAGGAGGCAGUGACUGAAUCAAACGUGGUUCCUUUGCAAGGUAACACAAUUGAUGAUGAUGAACUCGGUAAAGCUGGGGAAUCUGGUGUGACCUUGACCUCCACCUCCACAGAUCCUGAUGGACCACUAGACUUUAAGCCCUCAGUGAACCAAGACGCCCCUCUCAGCUUCAAGUCGUCACUGAAUGCUCCAGUGGCCUACGGGUUGGCAGGGCCGUUCAGGGCCAAACCUGGACCAGCGUAUUAUAGCAUGCAUGAAACCACAUUGUCACAAGAAUUACCAAGCGCCACCUAUGGGCAGUCACAUGAUCAGGAAGAAGCCAGUGAGUUGAAUCAGAAAGAGAUUGCUCAAUAUAUGGAGGAUGAACAGUUUUUGAGACUGCAGGGCAAGAGGCGGCGUGGGAAGGAGGAGAUAAACCUGGUGGACGCGAAUAUGGACGACUUCGUGAGCAGCAGCAACAUUGAGCUGACGAAGGGCCUCACCGAGGAGUCCCAGCAGACCUCACACCGACGCAGCAAAGACAACAACCCCACACACGUCCAGAAGAGAAAACACCAGAUAACGUACCUCGCAUUUCAGGCGAAGGAGAGAGAGUUAGAACUGAAAAACACCUGGGCAGAGAAUCGACUGACUAAGAGACAGACUCAAGCCAAAUACGGCUUCUGAUCCACUGUCAGAUUUAUACCGAGCGUCUCGGCCAAUACAACAAAUCAUCAACUUGAGACGCCCAGCCACAACUUUGUGUUUUACUUCUAAACCAGGGCACAGAAAUUCAAGUGCUUGUUUAACCUGAAUUCCUAUUAUCUGUUGGCAGUAACCAACAAUAGUUCAGUUAAUUGAAUUAUGUAAUAUGCAUUUAUGCACAAGGAGUUGCUUUUAAAAACUUAAUGGUGCAUUUAAUAACUCAUCAUUGCUGCUGUUGUUUUGAAAUGUGAGUAACCAGCAUUCAAACUGAGCGAUUGUUUUCAUGAAAUGUUGUGUCCCUUUAUAAUGAAAUACAAGAUGUGCUAGCUGUACAUGUGUGGACAUAAUUCUACUGUUUGAGAUGCAAACAUUUCAGACAGUUGAGUGUUUCUGGCUGUGUUAUUAUUAUCAUAUUGUCAGUUCUUAAUGAAUAGCCAGAUAGCAAAUAAUAACAUGAACAUCAGACUAGUAACACCUUGGUGUGAUAUCAAAGUACACAACUGUUAGUUUCGUUGUUUUGUUGUUGCAUAAUGGUGUCAUCUGUUUGUUUAUUUCCAGGAUGACAUGGUAGGUUUUUGAGUGGGUGUUUGUGUUUAGGGCACCAGUCGAGUGCCUAUAUGUUAAUACAGGCCGCGAUGGCAUACUGGUUAAGUUGUCAGUGCUAAAGCUGGGUUGUGUGUUUGGGACACCAGUCACUGUGGCUAUAUGUUGAUACAGGCCUCGAUGGCAUACUGGUUAAGUUGUCAGUGCUAAAGCUGGGAUGUGUGUUUAGGACACCAGUCACUGUGGCUAUAUGUUAAUACAGGCCGCGAUGGCAUACUGGUUAAGUUGUCAGUGUUAAAGCUGGGAUGUGUGUUUAGGACACCAGUCACUGUGGCCAUAUGUUGAUACAGGCUGCGAUGGCAUACUGGUUAAGUUGUCAGUGUUAAAGCUGGGUUGUGUGUUUGGGACACCCAGUCACUGGCUAUAUGUUGAUACAGGCCUCGAUGGCAUACUGGUUAAGUUGUCAGUGCUAAAGCUGGGAUGUGUGGUUAGGACACCAGUCACUGUGGCUAUAUGUUGAACAGGCCGUGAUGGCAUACUGGUUAAGUUGUCAGUGCUAAAGCUGGGAUGUAAUCCAGAUAUAUACAUCCCACCCAGAGUGAAUUUUAACAACUCGGUGGGGAGGUGUAAAACCAGUGAAUCAAGGUCUCUACAUUGGCGUAAUCAGGAUUUUAUAUGUUGAGGGGGUGGGGAUAAAAGCCAUGGGACAACAGACAAAUAUAAAAGGUGGUGUGUGUGGGGGGGGGGGGGGGACAAAGGGUUCCGAUUGGGGGGCAUGGUCCACUCUGGCUAAGCCAGUGCUUCUCUUACUGAUAGUUAACUAUUAAUUCAUCUAGUGGACAGAUAAAUGAAGUGUGUGCCCAAGACAGCAUGCUUGGACCUUAAUUUAUACAAGAAUAAAAAUCAAAUUAAAAUGAAUUGAAGAUGUUGGUUUACACAAUACCAUAUUGGGUUUGAAGCUAUCGUUCACCAAAAUUGCAAAUAUGCUAAUGCUAAUAAAUUUUAUAAUAAAUUUGUCAAAAACCAACUCAAGAAUUGGCAUGUACCUUUAUUUUGUUUUAUUUCUUUCAGGGGAAGUCGGCUAAAAUGUGUUUAAACAUUUUCAAUGACACAUUCUCUAACUGGUAACAUUAUUUUUUUGUCUAGAUUAAACUCUGAUAUUGUGCUAUAAUAAUAAUAUUCCUGAAUUUGUUGUCCUCAAACAGUCGUGCAGUACCUACAUGUAUUUGAGAUAUUGACCUCCAAUGUCGGUCUUUUAUAUUUAAUAAAGCUCACGUUAUUAUC